AGGCAUAGGGGGAGUCCCACCCCACACCUAUGGGGCAGCUCAGCCUCUGUGUCCCCGCUCUGAGAUGGGUACUAUGUGACCCCGUGGGGCUUGGGGAGGCUUGGGAGGGGCUGCUGCCCCUUGCUCAACCUGCACCUAGCACCCCAGCCUUGUGCAGGGGGUUUAGCAGGUAUUCAGAGCCCACUUAUGGGGCUGCAGAGGGUAGGGGGGCAUUAUUCUACAGGGCUUCUGUAUGGGGGGGGGAACAUGGGGACAGGUUAGCUGGGGACACGGACAGGGCAGUGACCCUGUGCAGGUUGGGAAGUAGGGGGCACAUGGGAUCAUCCUGGCUGCCGGAUGGGGCUGAGCUGGGGGGGGAGCAGCUGGGGGGCAGCAGCUGGGACCCCCACAGCAGCAACAGAGCUGAAUGCUGAGGUCCUGCACUCCGGUAAUCCUGCACACCACUCCCCACUGGGAGGGGGAGAGAAGGAGGGGACACAGAUCACAGCCUGGGGGGUGGGGGCGGGGGGCAGCAGAGUGUUCCCCCACUCCGUCAGGGCAGCCACAGCACUGGGUUGUGGGACAGGGUCACACCUCCCCCCCACAAAAAAAUAAUGGUGGGGGUCUGACCCCAUGGCACGGGGCAGGGUGCUCAGCACAGCAGUGCUCCAGGAGCCUGGGACCAAACACAGGGCUUGAUGCGUGCAGGGGGGUGGCACAGCCCAGUUCCCCCCUCCCAAAAAAAACCCAACACCAUCCCUUCCAGGCCCCUGCCAUGUGGUUGUAUCUAUUGCUGGUGGUGCUGGCCUGGGCCCUGGGCUGGCUGGUAAGGGAUCGCCGAACCCUCCCCUCAGUCAAAGACAAACACGUCUUCAUCACCGGCUGUGACAGUGGCUUUGGCAACCUGCUGGCACGACGGCUGGCCCAACGUGGCUUCCGUGUUCUGGCUGCUUGCCUGACCCCACAAGGGGCCGAUGGGCUGCAGCGAGGAUGUGCUGGGCACCUCCGAACCACGCUGCUGGAUGUGACCCGAUCUGAUAGCAUCCGGCGUGCUGCGGAGUGGGUGCGGGAGGAGGUGGGCGAGAAAGGGCUCUUUGGGCUGGUGAACAACGCAGGGGUGGCCAACCCCAUCGGCCCCACGGAGUGGAUGCGGAUUGAGGACUACCAGCAGGUGAUGGCUGUCAACACUUUCGGGGCCAUCGAGGUGACCCUACAGCUGCUGCCCCUCCUCAAGAGGGCACGGGGCCGCGUGGUCAACACCUCCAGCGUGCUCGGCCGCCUCUCAGCCAACGGUGGCGGAUACUGCGUCUCCAAGUACUGCAUCGAGGCGUUCUCCGACAGCCUCAGGCGCGACAUGUACCACUUCGGGGUGAAGGUGAGCAUCGUGGAGCCCGGCUUCUUCAAGACAGCCGUGACCAACCUGGAGAGCAUCGAAGCGUCGCUGCGGCAGCUCUGGGAGCGCCUGGCACCCGAGACACGGCUCAGCUAUGGCGAGGAGUUCUUCCACAAGUACCUGAAGGUACAGCGGCUCAUCAUGAACAUCAUCUGUGAUGCUGACCUGGGCAAGGUGACCCGCUGCAUGGAGCACGCCCUGGGCGCCUGCCACCCGCGCACCCGCUACAGCGCAGGCUGGGAUGCCAAGCUGCUGUGGCUGCCUGCCUCCUACCUCCCCGCCUGCAUCGUUGACUUUGUGCUGGCCACCAUCCUGCCCAAGCCAGCCCACCACGUCCGCUAGCUGCUCCCCUAAAGCAGCUGUCAGAAUCCCAGCAUGUGCUUGGGGUCCCCCAGUGCUGCAAAUAAAGCACUCAUCCUCGUGCUGGGAUAUCCAUCAGUGAAUGUGUGGCUUGGGGACAGUUGGUGGCAUUGCUGUGAUGUGCAGGCCAUGGGAUAUGAGACAUCAGCAGUGCUGGGAUGGGGGGGAAGGAAGUAAUCCUAGAACUGUGGGAUUCUCCCAGACCCACAGGGCCAUUGUCACCAUCCCUGCUCUCCUGUGAACCAUGAAGCAGCCCAUUCCCAUCCAUCCCAGUGGCACCAGUGCCCCCCCAGCAGCAGGGAGCUCCCAGUGCCACUGUUCCGCAGGAGGGCAGCACCCAAGGGCUCACCCAGGACCCUCCCCAAACUCCCACCCAGCAUCCCCCCACCCCUCCAACUGCACACAGAUCUAAGGAAGCUUUUUCUUUUAUUUCCCAGUUCCCCAGCCCCUUUUGGCACGCAGAGGGGGGGCUCCAGCGGCAGUGACAAUCGACACACUGGGGGUUUUGCUCCAGGAUGAGCAGCCCCCCCCCCCC